UUUUAAGUCUCUGCAAAAACUGCUCCCCAAGUCUUCUCUUUCUCUUUUCCCUCCUCCGCCAUUAAGCAAUCUCCCUCCCUUCUCACCAAACCAAGCGCCCCCACUUCACUCGCCUCUCAAUAAUUCAUCCAUUCACUUCAGGCCCUCCUCUCACCCUAACCUCAACACCAUGGCCACCCUGCCUCCUCUCUGCCCUGGUGUUCCCUCCUCCCGCUCCUUCUUCCUCUGUCUCGCCGCUUUUCUCUUCCUUUCCCUUCUGCCUCUCCUCUCCGCCCAGAAAUUAUCUUCUUCUUCCGGCUCCGUUCAGAUUAACUCCAACUCUGUUCUCGUCGCUCUUCUCGAUUCUCAUUAUACUGAGCUCGCUGAGCUUGUCGAGAAGGCGCUUCUUCUUCAAAAACUUGAGGACACUGUGGGCGCUCACAAUAUUACCAUCUUCGCCCCCCGAAAUGAAGCUCUGGAGCGUCAGCUUGACCCCGAGUUUAAGCGAUUCCUGCUCGAGCCCGGGAAUCUCAGGUCUUUACAGACCCUUCUCAUGUAUCACAUUGUGCCCAAACGAAUUGGUUCCACUGACUGGCCAGCUGAGAGCUCUGGAGCCGUCCCGCACCAGACCUUGUGCAACGACCACCUGCAUUUGGCGAGCAAGGGUCCUGAUAAUAAGAUUGUUGGUCUGGCCGGCAUCGUUCGCCCCGACGACGUCGUCCGUCCGGACGGUGUGAUUCACGGCAUUGAGCGGCUUUUGGUUCCGCGAUCGGUGCAGGAGGAUUUUAAUCGCCGCAGGAAUUUGCGGGACAUAUCGGCGGUACUUCCAGAGGGUGCGCCGGAGGUGGAUCCCCGGACCCACCGGUUGAAGAAACCGGCCCCUGUGCCCGCUGGGGCUCCUCCUGUGUUGCCCAUUUACGAUGCCAUGGCCCCGGGUCCUUCCCUCGCUCCGGCACCGGCACCCGGACCCGGUGGUCCUCACGGUCACUUCAAUGGCAUGCGUCAGGUGAAAGACUUCAUUCAUACACUGUUGCAUUACGGUGGCUACAACGAAAUGGCAGAUAUUCUGGUUAACCUCACAUCUUUGGCCACCGAAAUGGGAAGGCUAGUCUCAGAGGGUUAUGUCCUGACGGUGUUGGCUCCCAAUGACGAGGCCAUGGCGAAGCUGACCACGGACCAAUUGAGUGAACCGGGUGCACCGGAGCAAAUAAUCUACUACCAUAUCAUACCGGAGUAUCAGACGGAGGAGAGUAUGUACAAUGCUGUGAGGAGGUUCGGGAAAGUACGGUACGACACGCUGCGGUUGCCACAUAAGGUUGUGGCUCAGGAGGCUGAUGGGUCAGUGAAGUUUGGGCAAGGUGAAGGGUCUGCUUACCUGUUUGAUCCUGAUAUAUAUACAGAUGGGAGAAUUUCAGUACAGGGUAUUGAUGGAGUUCUUUUCCCGGCCGAAGAGGAGCCAAAGACUGAGCGAAAAACAGUACCAGUCGUCAAAGUUGCCAACAAACCAAGGAGAGGGAAGUUGCUGGAAGUAGCCUGUAGCAUGCUUGGAGCUUUUGGACGAGUCUGCUAAUUAAAUCGCUUAAAAAAAUUUAAAAUUUAAAAAAAUAAUAAAGGGGUAAAUUUAUGUAAACAAAUUGUUAUAUGUUGUAGGAGUAAUCAGUUCAAUACAAAAGGAUGCAUCUUGAAUUUACAAUUGGAGAGAGCGAUGAAGAUGGCAGGAUUUCCGUGGAAAUCUCAGAGGAUAAAAUUUUCUGUCAUUUUGCUUUACAUACUGUAAUUACAUGCCAUUUUUUUAUUACUUUUCUUUUUGGUGUUGAUUCUGUCUCUGCCUCUGUCCCUUUGUAUGCAUAAAUAACCUUGAAAAUACGACACUUCUCUCCAUCCCAGAUUGCAAAAUUUUUUCA